GUUUGGAGGAGAGUUGUGGCGAGGAGAAGACCCUCGGAAGCCUAGGCAGAGAAAGGGAGGGAUGGAGGAAAAAAGAGAGAUGGAGGGGGAUGAGGGGAACUCCGCGAAGUCGCAGGUCGCCGGCAUCGGCUACGAGGAGACGAAGCUCAAGCUCGCGCCGCCGUGCAGUUCUGCUUCCAGGGCUGGAACGGAGCACCACGAUAGGAAGCGUCGCCGCGAUCUUUCCGUUGAGUCUCCGGAAGACCCUCAGAAUCCUAGGCAGAGAAACGGAGGGACGGAGGGAGUGAGAGAGAUCGAGGGGGAUGAGGAGAGCUCUGCGGAGUCGCAGGUCUCUGGCAGCCGCUACGAGGAGACGGAGCUCAAGCUCGCGCCGCCGUGCAGUGCUGCUUCCCGGGCUGGAACGGAGCACCACGACAGAAAGCGCCGCCGCGAUCUUUCCGUUGAGUCUCUGGGCUCCCAGGCUUCUCGGCACGGGAAACCCCCGGCCGCCAAGGCCCCGGUGGUGGGAUGGCCGCCAGUGAGGUCGUACUGGAAGAAUACCCUGAGGAGCCGCACGUUCGUGAAGGUGGCGGUGGACGGGACACCCUACCUCCGCAAGGUCGAUCUGGAGACCUACGGAGGGUACCGAGAGCUUUUGACCGCCGUUCAGGCGAUGUUCUCCUCCUGCUUCACCAUCGACAACGGCAAUAGGUUGGUAGAUCUAGUGAAGGGGACGGAGUAUCUUCCUACUUAUGAAGACAAAGACGGUGACUGGAUGCUGAUCGGAGAUGUUCCCUGGAAAAUGUUUGUAUCAUCCUGUAAGCGUCUGCGUUUGAUGAAGAGCUCGGAAGCCGUUAAUCUGGUGGUGUCGAUCUCAAGUUCACUGCAGGCAUCUACAAACAGUCCUGGUGACAAUGAUCUUAAUAAUUGGUUUCCCUUGUUCCAAGGCGAUAAGCCCAAGGACAAACCGUUGUGAAAACUUUUUUACAUCUCAAUAAAAUCGUUUGGCUUUUCUUGCCAAACGACAAAAGACAUGCCUGUGCUGGGUCUGAUGCUUUGUCACUCCUUUUUCAUGAGUUGAUCUAAUUGGUUCCUUGAUCAAUCAAUCCUAACUAAAAGUAGAUGCAACCUCAAGCUCAUCCUAAUGAUGUAAGGAAGCAUCAAGAUUAGAAGAAAUAAAAGCUGCUGUAUCCCAAUCCUGAUAAUAGCAUUGGUUCCAUUGUGUUCGGGCAAACUUGUGUUGGCCCCGUUUAUGAGAUGCACGGUAAAGAGGCAGGGAAGUACAUGUACAGCUAUACACACCAUGCUUCUUCUUCAUCAUCAUCAUACAAUAAUGGAAAUUUUAUGUUUGGCUGGCUGGCUGGCUGGCUGGCUGGCUGGCUGGCUAUUUUGUUCCGAUCACAACAACAAGAAGCCGAAAUGCCAACUGUUCGUGGAUGGUUGGCUGGCAGACCACUUUUCAUAAGUCUGUCGAUAUAUAUCUCUUUGAUGAAGCUGAUGUUUAACUUGUUAUUUUA